AUAUCUUUCCCAACAGAAUCCUCAUCUAAACCAGAACGCAUGGAAUAACUUGGAGAAAUAUUGUCGCUCCCUCACCAAGCAUUACCAGAAUGUCUUUGUGUGCACUGGACCACUCUACUUACCCCGACAGGAACCUGAUGGGAAAAUGUAUGUGAAGUAUCAGGUUUUGGGAAAGAACCAUGUAGCCGUGCCGACUCACUUCUUUAAGGUGGUGAUUCUGGAAAAGCCAAGAGGAGACGUGGAGCUGCGGUCCUAUGUGAUGCCCAAUAUGCCGGUCGAUGAGAAGAUUCCACUGGAACGCUUCCUGGUUCCCAUCGAGAGCAUUGAGAGAGCGUCUGGACUGCUGUUCGUACCAAACAUCAUGAAGAGGACCAGCAGUCUGAAAGCCAUUACUGCAGGCUAGUGAGGAGUCUACAGUGAUUACUGAGGGGGAAUGGAAAAUACCUCAAAAAGUUUCAUUAUGUCACUGUCAAGCAUUUAUAAAGUUACCAGGGAAAUUAUUUAAUUUUCAAUAUAUGUGAAAAGACUACUGAGAGAGAUAUAUCAGUCACUGGCACAGGCUGACAGUCUAAUGCUGUAGCCUAUUGUUUAAUAGGGGAGCUUUUUGUAUCAUUACUGUUUUUAGAUGUCAGCCAAUAUGAUUUUUAACCAAGCCAAAACUCUGUGAAAUUAGAUUUUAAUAUCAACUGUGAAAUGUCAUUUGUACU